CAUAUUAAUCACAAUCCUCACUCGAAAAAAAUACUAAAUAUGAAUUCUACACCAGUUUCCCGAGACGAAGAUGAAGAAGAUAUAUUACUUGCCAUGCAAUUAAUCGUUCUACGCAUCGUCCCCUACGCUUUAAAAACUGCCAUAGAACUGAAUUUGUUGGAGAUUAUAGCCAAGGCCGGACCUUUGGGAACUCAUCUCUCACCUUUGGAUUUAGCUUCCAAAGCCGCUGCACAAAAUCCAGACGCUCCCAUGAUGAUUGAUCGACUACUACGUCUCCUUUCCGCUUAUUCGGUAUGUACUUGUAAGUUGGUGAAGGACGAAGAAGGAAGGGACCUUAGAGUUUACGGACUAGUAAAAGCCGGAAGGAAACUUAUUAAAGAUGAAGAUGGAUUUUCUCUGGCAUCUACUGUGCGUUUUUCCAACCCCAAAUUCGAAGGCGAUACGUGCUCUCAACUCACGUCGUCAAUACUGGAGGGUGGAGCACGGCCCUACGAGAGAGUAUGUGGGGAUUUGAUCUUUAUGGAUAUGGAGAAGAAUAAUAAUAUACAGUCUGAGUUCAACGAUGCAAUGCUUAACCACACAUCAGUAGUAAUGAAGAAGAUACUAAAGACUUACAACGGGUUCAAUAGUCUUAGUGGUGGCGUUUUGGUAGAUGUUGGAGGUGGCUUAGGCGCAAAUCUUGCUUUAAUUCUCUCCAGGCUCCCACAACUCAAAGGUGUUAACUUUGACUUGCCUCAUGUCGUUUCAGAAGCUCCCAAAAUCAAAGGUGUGGAACACGUUGGUGGUAACAUGUUUGAUAAAAUUCCACAGGGUCAAGCCAUAUUCAUGAAGUGGAUACUUCACGAUUGGAACGAUGACCAAUGUGUGGAGAUAUUAAAAAACUGUAAGCAAGCAUUACCAAAAAAUGGCAAAGUCAUUAUAGUUGAAUAUAUAAUACCGCGAGAAAUAUCGGAUAUCGAUCUAGGAACCAAAAAUUCACUGUGCUACGACGUGGGAAUAAUGUGUGUAACACAAGGAGGCAAAGAGAGAACCAAAGAAGAGUUCGAGGUUUUGGCUAUGCAAGCAGGUUUUAACCUCCCAAAUAUCAUUUACGGCGCUUACUCUUUUUGGAUCAUUGAAUUAUAUGCAGAUUGAAAUGGAAUUUCUAUUUGAAAGAUACUCGC